AUCUAGUUCGUUUCUGGGACAGCUCUGGGGGAUGUCAUGAAGGUCCGCCUUGUCUAGAGAGUCUCACAAUCCGCGAUUGUAUGCGUCUUCCGUCAGCAGGGAUGCCUCGGUUUUUGCGUUCUUGGGCACCUCACCUCACUUCUCUAGAACUCCGAAUUUUUGAAGAUCCUUUCGGCAUUUUGCAAGAGGACAUUUCCAAGUUGAAACCCAAGUUCAAUAAAUUUUCAUUCCCGGCUUUAACUCAUUUAGACAUAUGGCCUCAUUCCAAAUCUCACUAUAUCCACUGCUUUUCAGAGUGCAAAGAGCUUUGUCAAAUCGCGUUUCAUUACUUUUGGAGCAUUGACUAUGACAAUGAAGGGUCAGAUGUCUCAGAUUUCAUGCCAGCUGAUUCAUUGGAAGGACUAUCUGAAUUUUCCGAAUUUAUCACCGAGAAUGAUUUUCCUGAGCUCAGAUGGAUAGAUCUACCUGUAAACCCCGGAGUCUUUCCACUUGAUUCAACUUCAUCUUCCAUAUUGUUGUCAUUGGACGAAUUCUGCAAGUCUAAGGGAAUAGAAUUACUUUUUCCAUGUUACAGUAGCUCAUGAGACUUUCUGCAAUUUAGAUUAGCAAUCAAUCCAAUUCUUCGC